UUUUUCUUAAAGAGCAUCUCCGCCAUUGUAUAAACUUAAGGACCUACAGAUCGCCUGCAUCAGCUCCGGACUGUCUACCCACCCCACCAAAUCUUUAACCUCUGGAAGUUCAUAAACAAUGAAUUCACUUCACUCACCCUGUUGUAACACCUCUGCUGAACUUUUGAACAAAUCCUGGAAUCCAGAGUUUGCUUAUCAAACCCUCAGCAUGGUGGAUACAGCCAUCCUCCCUUCCAUGGUUGGGAUUAUCUGUUCAAUGGGGCUGGUUGGCAACAUCCUCAUUGUAUUCACUAUAAUAAGAAGCAGAAAAAAACCAAUUCCUAACAUUUAUAUCUGCAACCUGGCUGUGGCUGAUCUGGUCCACAUCAUGGGAAUGACUUUUCUUAUUCACCAGUGGGCCCGGGGAGGACAGUGGGUGUUUGGGGGGCCUCUCUGCACCAACAUCACAUCCCUGGAUACCUGCAACCAGUUUGCCUGUAGUGCCAUCAUGACUGUAAUGAGUGUGGACAGGUACUUGGCUCUCAUCCAACCGAGACUGACGAGUUGAAGAACAAGGUACAAGACAAGCCACAUCAAUCUGGGCCUUUGGGCAGCUGCCUUUAUUCUUGCGUUGCCUGACUGGGUCUACUCGAAGGUCAUCAGAUUUAAUGACGGCGUUGAGAGUUGCUUUGAUUUAACAUCCCCUGACGAUGUACUCUGGUAUACUCUGUAUAUGACGAUAACAACUUUCUUUUUCCCUUUGCCCUUGAUUUUGGUGUGCUAUAUUUUAAUUUUAUGCUAUACCUGGGAGAUGUAUCAACAGAAUAAGGUUGCCAGAUGCUACAAUCCCAGUGUUCCAAGGCAGAGAGUGAUGAAGCUGACGAGGACGGUGCUCACGGUGCUGGUGGCGGUCUUUAUCUUGAGUGCUGCCCCCUAUCACAUGAUACAACUGGUGAACUUACAGACAGAGCAGCCCACGCUGGCUUUCUAUAUGGGCUAUUACCUCUCCAUCUGUCUCAGCUAUGCCGGCAGCAGCAUCAACCCUUUCCUCUACAUCCUGCUGAGUGGAAAUUUCCGGAAAUGCCUGCCUCAAGGGCAAAGGAGAGUGACUGAGAAGGAAAUCAACAAUAUGGAAAGCACCUUGAAACAGAGCUUUAAGGAGAGUACAUGGAUCAUCAAAAGUCUAGACAGGCUUGCCUAUGUUAUUGAUGUUAUUAAAAAGGGUGGGCAAAACGGUGUGCUGGUGUCCAUUCUUGUUGUGCCCUUGUGACUCUAGAACAGUGCUGUAACCAUUCAAAUGCAGUGAGUUUAAUAUGCUAACUUAGGUGAAACAAAAUAUUUGUCUGUGUAGGCAGUAGGCAGUGGGAUAGCUGAAGAGACCCGAGCUCCAUGGUUGUGGAUGUUAUUUCAGCAUCUUAUAAACUAGUCACUGAUGAAUAUGGCCAUCCCUGACCAUCGACUGAAAACUCACCAAGGAAUUUGACCUUGCCGUCUACACUGUGGCCCCACUGUAACAGUGCCCUUGAGGCUCCUAAGAGGGGACCACCUUACAAUGAGAUCUGAAGUAUGGCCAUUUUUUAAUCUACAAAAAUGUCAGUUUCAUAGGGUCUAAUUUAAUGCCUUCAACAAUCAACUCCAUCUGUUAGCAUGACCAUUAGCAUGUACUGAACACAUACCACAUGUAAGAUUACAUGUAACAAACCUUCGAGGUAAGCAUUACCCCAGUUUACUAAGGCUCAGAAAGGUUAAGUGAUAAGCUUAACACUGCACAGCUACAUAAGAGCUGGGCUGAAAUCCAGGUCUGCCUGUUUCUGUCUUUUUACUACAGCCCCUUGGCAACCUGUACCUAUCAUACUGAAAAGGGCCAAUAACUGGGUUUUGUUGGUGGUGGUUUUUUUGCUUUCUCCUAUACCCCUACAGGAG